AUGUGGCACGGAACGCAGCGAUUCCCGAACUAUCCAGACAGCCGCGCCUUGCAGGUGACCGCCGCGCACAUCCAGGGAUACGAAGCCAACAUCACUAUGGCAGAGCAGUCCGUUGGCAUUCGGAAUCCGAAUUUCCGCCGGCUCGUCUUCAGCAGGCGGGAUUCGCCAGCUGCCUUGCCAGCUUCUGGCCUCCCAACAACGUCUUCGCAAUACAGUGUCUACGCAGAGGGGGCGCAGGGGCCGCUACCAAGGCCGCCGGGCAUGUUCUCAGUGUGCGCGCCUUCAAGUUCUCAGGCGUCUGCAGGCGACUCCUUCGUCCAGCACCAGUCCGCUCCUGCCGGCUGGCCAGCCGCGCGUGGGCCAGUCGACGUCUGCCAGCUGACUGGCCGUGCGUCGAGUGAGAUUUGCGCCCCAGGCCCCCGCCACGUAGCGCCGCGGCAGCAACCCGCCGCAGAGAGGCUGACCGCGCAGCCCAGGAUGCACGCCUUCAUGGGGCUGGCCACGGCCACAGGGCAGCCGGCUUACCUCGCCAGGUGA